UAUCUUAAUUUUGUGACAUAUUGCCGGGCACAAACCAAACGAUUUAACCGAUAGUGCUAAAAGUGCUAAAAAAAGCUGUAGUUUAUCCUUUAUAUCCAUUUGUUCAGAGGGCGCGUUGGAAAGGCAAGAAACCCAUGUGACAUGACAGCUCUUAGGUUGCUCUGUACACAGAUUCGUAGUGUUAUUCGAAAAUGGCGAACCGCACAGUAAAAGAUGCUAAAUCAAUUCGUGGAACAAAUCCGCAAUAUUUGGUAGAAAAAAUCAUCAGAUCUCGAAUAUACGACUCCAAAUAUUGGAAGGAAGAAUGUUUCGCUUUAACAGCUGAAUUGCUGGUCGACAAGGCGAUGGAGUUGAGAUUUAUAGGAGGAGUGUAUGGUGGCAAUGUGAAGCCAACACCAUUUCUUUGCCUCAUACUAAAGAUGCUGCAAAUACAACCCGAGAAGGACAUUAUAGUCGAGUUCAUAAAGAACGAAGAGUUUAAAUAUGUACGGGCUUUGGGUGCACUUUACAUGAGAUUGACAGGUUCUUCCUUGGAUUGCUACAAAUAUCUGGAGCCGUUGUUCAACGACAACAGGAAACUUAGAGUGCAAAAUAAACAAGGCUUAUACGAACUGAUACACAUGGACGAGUUCAUUGACAAUCUUCUCAGGGACGAAAGAAGUUGCGAUGUUAUCUUACCGAGGAUUCAAAAGAGACACGUUCUAGAAGAGAAUAAUGAGCUGGAGGCUAAAAUAUCAGCGUUGGAGGACGACAUGGACGAUGGCAUUGAAUCAUCGGAGGACGAAGAGAUCCCACCGAGUAAAGAAGUACCGCGCAAAAGACCGGACGAUCACGAGCGCGACAGAGAUCGUCACAGGGACAGAGACAAGAGGCAUUCUCGGUCCGAGAAGAAAUCUGAGAAGGAAAAGCAGAGGUCGAGAAGUAGGGAGAGAGACAGAGACAGGAGGGAGCGUAAACGCAGUAAAUCGCCGAAAUCGCACUCGUCGUCGCAUAAGGAUAAGGAAAGAGACAGAGAUCGUCACAGAAGGGACGAUCGUGAGAGAGAAAGAGACAGGGAAAGGGAGAGAGACCGAGAUCGGAGAAGGGAGCGGGACAGAGCUAGACAUUGAACUAUUUAAAUAAUGUUCUCCGAAUGUAUUUAGCGCCCGUGCGAAAGGAGGAGGACUUCGGUGUGAAAAUUAUGAUGUACAAUGUAUCAGGAGCGCGUUUCUG